GCAGUACAGUCCCAACAAAGGCUCAAAGGAUAUACUCUUUCUCCAAAUUCUCUGUCCUUUUGACAUUCCUUUAUCUCGAGAUUCUUACCUAUCGAGUUCCAAAAAUUUUGUUUUCUAUUUUUGUUUUGUUUUGUUUUGUGUUGUUUUCUUUCACCUUGAUCCUUUUUUUUGGGUAAGUAACCUUGAUCUUCCUUGGCAGUUUGAUUUGUGUUAGUAAGAUUUUGAUUAUAAAUUAGUGCAAUAUAUGGCUUCUCUGCAAACUUCUUUCUGUUGUGUAAUUAAGCCGACAUCUCUGACGCGUGCUCGGCCAUCCCUGGAAUUCAGAGCUCAGAGCUGUAGAGAUGAAGGGAGAUCAAGUAAUAUUGUUGAUGCAAAUUUGAGAGUUCUAAAGGAAAGGAUAGAGGAGGUGAGGAUGAAAGAGAGAUUGGAAAGGUGUUGCACAAGUGAAAAUGGAUGGAAUUAUGCACCUUGCUAUGAGUCCAAGACCAAAAGUUCCUCAGAGUCAUCUCAUUUUUUUGAACUUUUUGGCUUGUUCACUGUGAAUUUUGGCCUCACCAUUGUCACUGCUACUCUUUGCCUUUGUCUUGUUUCCCUCUUAGUUCAUACAAUUCAAUGAACAAAACCAUAGAUGGUCAUUUCUCUCUCAAAUAAUCUUAAGCUAUAUUU